AAUUCACGUUUUGUGCUUGGAAAUCACUUGCUGAAGCAAUAUUAAUAAUGAUUCAAAUUUUCAAUCGGCGACGUGCAGGAGAGAUAGAAAGAGCUUACAUUGUUGAUUACAAAAAUUUCAUAAAAAUUACAAAAGAGAAUGAAUUAUAUAAAAGGUUACCACAAAAAGAAAAAAUAUCUGCUUUAAAGUACAUUCGUUUCACAAUUCGUGGCAAGCUAAAUCGGAACGUCCCAGUCCUUUUGAAUGCUAAAAUGAAAGAGGCUUUAGACAUAAUUUUAAGAUAUCGGAAAUUGGCAGGAGUAAGUUCAAAAAAUCCAUAUAUAUUUGGAUUGCCAGGUGCAGAUAAAAAACGAUUUAGAUAUUUAAGAGCGAGUAAAUUGAUGCGUGAAUUUGCUAAUCUAUGUGGAGCAGAGAACAAAGAAAGCUUACGUGGGACUAUUUUACGGAAAGACAUGGCAACAAAAUGUUCACACUUACCAGAUAGUGAAAUUUCUCUCAUUGCUGAUUUUAUGGGUCACCAUAAGGAUAUACAUAAAAAUAUUUACAGACAGCCUGUAGUAGAAUCUGAUAUUUUAAAUAUGGCCAAAAUUUUAGAGAAAACUCAAGAUAUAUCUACACAUAACACUGAUAUUGACACUACUAAUAAUACAAAUACUAAUACUACUAAUUCAAACAGUACAACAGAUGCUAAUACUUCAGAGAAUAGUAUUAACGAAAUUCAAAGCUUAGUUGAAGACGAAGCAUCAGAGAAUAAUUUGCCAAAGAAAAUUUUGCUAAAACAAAAAAAUGUAAAAAAACGCGCCAUAGAAAAUAUAAAUAAUUCAGAUGAAGAAUGUGCGCCAAAAAAGAAACGAUUCACACCUCCUUACGGAAAGACCAGAAGAAUACGUUGGACUUCUGAAGAAAAGCAAACAGCUUUAUUACUCUUCGAAACGAAUAUUAAUAAUUCUACUUUACCUUCGUUAAAGGAAAUAAUAUCCAAAACGCGCAAAAACAUUUUGAAAAAUCGACAGCCAGCAGCAAUAAAAACUUGGAUACACAAUCAAUUUCGCAAUAAAAUAUAAAUGUCAUUAAAUAAAAGAAA